UGAUCUUCGCUACGUCAUAAUUUUCCGCAGUAAGAAGAUAAACACAGACGGUGUACUAUCCUUGAAUGUGUUGACGGCUCGAAGAUUGCAGGACAACAAACUGAAAUUAAAGACAGUCCAGUCCACUGGCAAGUGUUGACAGUGACUUAGUCACCGUGAGAAAAUCUAGCAGGCUUAUUAGAUGACCAAAGAGAAGUGAGCAGUUGAUCAACAGGACAAACACACAGGCUGAUCUAGGCAAAAAGAGCGAGACUGAGGGGGAUUCUGGGAUCACAGAAACUGGCGCACAGAGCUUUAAUGUCUAAGAUUUUCCAAGAUGGUGAAAACCUUUCAAGCGUAUUUGCCAAACGAGUGCCACCGAAAAUAUAGUUGUGUUCACUGCCGGGCUCACCUGGCCAAUCACGACGAACUUAUCUCAAAGGUAAGCUAUAAAUAUAGUUGUGUUCACUGUCGGGCUCACCUGGCCAAUCACGACGAACUUAUCUCAAAGGUAAGCUAUAAAUAUAGUUGUGUUCACUGCCGGGCUCACCUGGCCAAUCACGACGAACUUAUCUCAAAGUCUUUCCAGGGAAGUCAAGGAAGAGCUUAUCUAUUUAACUCGGUGGUUAAUGUUGGUUGUGGCCCGGCAGAAGAGAGGGUUUUAUUAACGGGACUCCAUGCUGUGGCUGACAUAUUCUGUGAAUGCUGUAAAACAACACUAGGAUGGAAAUAUGAGCACGCUUUUGAAUCCAGUCAAAAAUACAAGGAAGGAAAAUUCAUCAUUGAACUUGCUCACAUGAUCAAGGACAAUGGCUGGGCCUGACUAGGAUGACAAACAAACAGACAAUGCUCUUGGAUUUUGACCGUUUUUUACUGACCACUGCAGAAUGUGAUGUGUUCUCCCUUAUGAUGAUGAGGGCAAGGUUGACUUAGGGCCAGGGAAGCUGUGCCAUUGCUGUAGACUUGGGCUUCUCUCUCUGUGUGUUUGGGUAGGCUGUAGAACAGUGUUCAUGUCUCUCUCAUUCAUUUCUCUCAGGAAAAGUCUCUCUAUGGACCAACUCAUCAGAAUUCAUCGGAAGCUUGAUCUGAAUGGAAUUCUAAGCCACACACACACACACACACACUCAGUCUUGAUGAAGAGAGGCUAAACUUUUCAUUUAAAGAACAAGGCCUUGGCAUUCAAUCCAGACAGAACACAUCUGUGAUAUAUCUGUCAAUGCCUCCGAUUAUAUAAGUAAAUAUGUCUGUCAGAGUGUGAUUCAGCGCACUUCUCAGUUUGUGGAUGGACAAACUUAAUUCUAUAAGAUUUUGUACACUGAGUAUGUGUUUUGGUAGAAGCACAAGAUAAGCUUAUCUCAGGUAAUACAUAACUAUGAAAAAAGGAGAAAAAAUAACAAACCACUGAAAAAGUUUUUGGAGGUUGAGAAAAACACCAGAAUGAAUGAGUCUUUAUCAGCUGUUACAUUGAACAGGGCAUGUAAUGUUAAAUGACAAUUCCCUGUAAUGCAGUUUUUAAGCACUUUCAUAUCUAAACCCAUCAAUAUUUUCAGAAAUUUUACCAGGUUUUGCUGUGUUCAUAGUUUGAUUCCUUGCCUUUGACCCUCUUUUGUAUGAACUAUCAAGAGGAUACUUUAGAAAUGAUUUCAUGUACGUGUUGCUUGUACGAGCACUUUCAAAUCAAGAGAGAUAACUCCUAAUUUGCUAUGUAUUUUGUAAACGUGGUUUCUAUCUUUCAGGUGUGUUAUCUGUAUCUUUCAAUUUGGUUUGCUUUUUUUGACACAAUACAUUUGAAUUAGUGAUUAGAAUAUGGAGGUUGAGUCAUUUUGUUGUUACAUUUCUUUGCUAACAUAUUUUGAUAGAUUUGUAGAAU